GGAUCGCUAUUCUUGAAUAUAAUUCCUAAACCAAAGCUUUGAACUUCUGCGACCUGUUGUCUUUUCAUUUAUACUAUGCAUAUAUAGUUGCCACGACUGGUAUAUCAAAGGACGUGGUGUGUGCUAUCCUGUAUGUGGGAUGGUGUAUAUAAAAGAUCCCUCGCUACUAACGAAAACAAUGUAGCCCGUUUCAUCUCUAAGACUACAUGUCAAAAUUAAACUUUGACAUCCAAUAGCCGAUGAUUAGUAAAUGUAUGUGUUUACACACGUGUAGUUGGCAUGUAUCUCUUUUCUAGCCACAAAGAAACGAGAUAACGUUACACAGAUGGCAUUUUCACAUUAUAAUUUGCACCACGUGAUAACUUUGUUCAGUAAACUCGAUAAAUAAUGAACGAAAACAGUAUUGAGUGAAAACUGCAAAAUGAUUCGUGUUUUUGUGUCCAUUGUAAUCACCAGUCAACUAAUAGGAUUACUCUAUGCGGCAUACUGUCACGGUAAGCCGGACCCCAAAGCGAAGCCGAAUCACAUAUCUAUAGACAGAAGAACGCCUCGCCUUGUUAAAAUAGUUCCUAAUGGUAAACAGUAUACAGUUGGCUCGGAACAGGACACAUUUGACAUCGUUCAUGUGUGGGGUUUGCCCUAUGACAUGGGAUACGCUCAUGGCAUUUUGCAGAAUAAAAAAGCAAAGGACAUGGUAGAUCAAGUUUGGCAGUAUCUGGAAGAACAAGUGACCCAGGCAUUAAAUAAAACACUUCAUUUCAAGGAAUGGUUUCUACAAGAUGUAGCAAAUUUAGGAUUAGAUGCUGCACUGGAUCUGGAGCUGGCAGCAACUGCCAAAUACACUGAAUCCUCCUUCUUUGAGGAAGCUAGAGGAUUGGCCGAUGGGUCUGGUGCUGAUUUCAUGAAAAUAUUACACAUUCAUUUAAUAGGGGAACUUACUAAAGGAUCGUGUUCGAUGAUGGGCGCCUGGGGAAGCAGUGUAUUAAAACCCGGUUCUCUGCUGCAGCUGCGAUCCCUUGACUGGGCAGUUGAUGGACCAUUCAAGGAUUUUCCUCAGGUAACUGUCUACCACCCAGCUAACCAGUCAUUUGGACACGACUGGGCAAACUUCGGUUGGACUGGCUGGAUUGGUUCAAUAACAGGAAUGAACUCUAAGAAAAUGGCGAUAUCCGAAAUAGGCGUCUCAUUUCCAGACGACACAUUUGGUGAUGAAUCAAGAUUUGGAAUACCUUUUACGAACAUUUUAAGGGACAUCCUGAACUACGACAAUACACUUGAUGACUCGAUCAGCAGAAUUGCAAAUGCCAAAAGGACGUGUGAUCUUAUUCUAGGCGUUGGCGAUGGCAAGGUGAUGUAACCUUUAUAAAAUACUAAUUUAAAUUGUAAAUGGCUUCUGUAUUCGUUUUAGCUGAUAAUAUAUUUUAGAUUAAAUUAAUGAUGUGUGUGGUGGAA